CGCACCCUCGCCCGCACCCGCGGCUCGCAGCGGCCAAAGUAUCGCGAGAGCGGCCGGCGAACAACCUGCUCCGCCACAGCCCCGCGCCGCGCCCGCGGAGCGCCCGCGCCGCCGCCGCCGCGCACAUGCGGACGCCGAGCGCCGCCGCUGCCGCCCGCCGGUUAUGAAGGAAGAAUGGAGUUUCCAGACCAUAGCCGCCAGUUGCUGCAGUGUCUGAGUCAGCAGCGUCACCAGGGCUUCCUGUGUGACUGUACUGUUUUAGUUGGAGAAGCUCAAUUCAGAGCUCACAGAGCCGUUCUUGCCUCUUGCAGUAUGUACUUCCAUCUUUUCUACAGGGACCAGUUAGACAAAAGGGAUAUUGUGCAUCUGAACAGUGACAUUGUCACAGCCCCUGCCUUCAGCCUGCUGCUUGAAUUCAUGUACGAGGGAAAGCUGGAAUUCAACAGUCUCCCAGUGGAAGAUGUGCUGGCUGCGGCGAGCUACCUUCACAUGUAUGACAUUGUGAAAGUCUGCAAGGGCAAGUUGAAAGAUAAAGAAUUAUGUUCCGAAGAGAAGAUUAAUGAUGAGGCGGCUAGUUUGGAGAAAGCGGAGCAUUUUCUAGACGCCGGAGUGCCCCUGGUCCACGAGUUUGACCCAGGAAACAAACAAAAAUUCAGCGUUGCAGAAUACGAGAGAGCAGCAGGCAAAGAAAAGGUCAGCAGUCACCCCGCCUGGUCCUCUGAUCAUAUAAGUGUCAGCUCUGUGCCGACAGAGGCAGAACCGUGCGCCGCAGCAGCUGGAAAAACAAAGGCUAAUGUCAAUAGUUCCACAGGACCUUUGUCCCAAAGGUCUGUUAACCAUCCCCUGGCUUCGAGUGAUGUGGACUGCGCGCUGGAUUUGUCUUUCAAGCCCGUGCCGGGGAGAGAUUCCUUACACCCCUCCUAUGUCUUUGGACAGCUGGCUUCCGACAGCCAGCAGCAGGGUACCGAGCCACUUGUUAAAGAUGAACAAGACUUGCUGUCAGAUCAGGAGGACAGCGAAGCCAGGAGUCCAGAGAGUCAGCAUUUUGGGAAUUCAGCCAAAAGCCUAGUGACAGGGUUAGGACACAUGUUCGCGGGGAAUGGCAGCUCUCAUGCCCGAGAGGAGGACAUAGAUCAAGAGCGAGACGAGAGCGAGGACGACAUGGAUUCGUCGGACAUCUCCUCGGGCGUCCUGGUGCCUCCUGGGCAUAUCUGCAUUUGUCCCCUCUGUAGCAAGGUGUUCCCGAGCCCGCACAUCCUCCAGCUGCACCUGAGCUCUCACUUCCGCGACAAGGACGGCUCGCGGACCCGCCUGUCCCCCGACGGGUCGGUGCCCACUUGCACCCUCUGCGGAAAGACUUUCUCCUGCAUGUACACGCUCAAGAGGCACGAGAGGACUCACUCGGGGGAGAAGCCCUACACCUGCGGCCAGUGCGGGAAGAGCUUCCAGUAUUCCCACAACCUCAGCCGGCACGCGGUGGUGCACACCAGGGAGAAACCCCACGGGUGCAAGUGGUGUGAGAGACGCUUCACGCAGUCCGGGGAUCUCUACAGACACAUCCGCAAAUUUCAUUGUGGCCUUGUAAAGUCCUUGGUUGUUUGAGAUGUGUGACUUGUGUUUUGUUUCAUUUGGUUUUUUUUUUUUGUUGUUUUUUUUUUUUUGGUUGUUUUUUUUAUAUCUACAACCCCCCUCCAACUCUUUUGAAACAAAGCAGGAAAAAAGAAAAGGCAGCGUCUGAAUUUUAAUUUUGUUUUUCUCCUCCCUUUAUUUUAUUUUGGUGAUAUUCACUUCAGGUAUAUGAUCUUUAAAAGAUGCAGCGGUAUACACUCCAGAGGCCUUUUAAUGCAAUCCUUCCACCCCUCCAUCUCCUCCCCUUUCCCCAGCACGGUCCUUUAGGUCUUCUCUUGUGCACCCAUGUUACAUUAUUAAUGUGAAAUGAUCUUAAGUAAUUCUGCAAUGAUUUAGCAUCAGUUUUCUCACUGGAAGUACUUGCAUUGUGGUCAGGGUUUUGUUGGUUUGGGUUUUCUUUUCCUUUUUUUUAACCUUUUUUUUUUUUUGAAAAAAGAUUAUCAGCACAUUCUGGAGAAAAAUUUGGCUUCCAUUAAGUUCCCCAAAUGCCCUCUUUGUGUUGCAGAGGAACAUCUGAAGAGAUGAACUAUGAUUUAAAUACAUUUUGGUGUAGAGAAACCUGUCCGCACAUUGCAGAGUGGGCAGAUGUACUUUUAUUUUAUAGAGCUAGAUAAGACAUUGAAUUGGCCCAAAUUUUGAAGGGGUUGAGGAUUCCUGGCUGCAUCUUUGGUACUGGUCAUUUUUUAUUCUCUUUAUUCCAUUAAUACUGUUGUGCAGUUGGUCCUAAAAUCUAAAUGAGAAGUUUUUGCCUUGGGACUUGACUUAAAUUUUCCCUUCCCACCCAUCCUCCUCACUGAGCUGACCUGCUGAAAAGCUGCUUUUGAGCAUAAAAUUGUGGAUGGAAAAACACUUUCUGUCUGCAGCCUGUUCACUCCCGAAAUGUUGAAGGAUGCACGCUAGGACAUACAAAAAGAGUGUAUAAUAUGUGAAUAUUUUCAUUCCCAUAUCGACAUCCAGAGGCUGAUCCCAUCACCCUUGGAGGGAACAGCAGCUGCAAAGUGGCCAAAUACCCCUCCUGGUACCAGGUUUCUGGGGUUUCCUAGUUCAAAGUAACUCAUGCCUUGUGCAUUAGGAGACGCCCUGUUGUCUUGCCCAAAAAGUUUGCUGCCGUGCUAAAACCAGCAGCAUGAAAUUGUUUUUUUUUAUUUUAAUUUAUUUUUAUGAAGUUGGCAAUUCCCUCUGAGCCAAAUUGUGUGCAAUUGCUGGUGUUCCCAAGAGGCAGCACGAAGUUGAACCGCUGGAGGAAAAGCGUGGCCUGACUUCUUCCCCAGGUCCCACCUUUUCAGGGGAAGCUGUUGGGGGUAAUUUUAUUUUUUUUUUAGUUUGUUUGUAAACUGAGGCUGCCUGUAACUAUAGCCAGUUUUACUCCAGAUGAUUCAGUUUCUUGCCUAUUAGAUCAUCAUUUGGUCUGUGCAUGUCGGUGGAUAUCACUUUGUUCCCUUCCAGUCAAAUUACCCAUUCAAGGUACAUGUACAUGGGACUGAAAUAUAAUAAUAAUAAUAAUAUCUGAGGGGUGUGAAUGUCCUUCUGCUGCAUUAGCAUUGCUUCACCAGCUUUCUUGACACUCCUGGAGUUGUUUGGUGAAACUUAAGUGUGUGUUUUGAAAUGAAUUUGAAGCACUGAUUUAGAUUAUUUUUAAAAGUUGUGCUUAAAAUACUGUAUUGCAUCUUAUGAAGAAAAACCUUCCCAAUGCCUUUCCCCCUCUGGUCCAAAAACUGAGCACUACCUACAUAAAUAAUAUGGAAUUGAAUUUUUUUUUUAUAUAAGUACUUCCUCUUUAAGGAAAAUCAGGAUAUACUUGUUACGGCCUCUUAUUAUUCAUCUCUUAAACUAUGAAUGUACAUGUAAUGUGAAAUUUUGCUUUUAUUUAUA